AUGGCCACCAACUCCAGCGAAACAAUCACCCUCAUUACAGGCGCAAACCGCGGCAUCGGCCUCGCGGCCGCCACCCGCCUCGCCCAAGAACACAACCACCACGUCAUCAUCGGGGCGCGGUCCGCCAGCGACGGCGCCGACACAGCCGCAACGCUGCAAGCAGCCGGCCACCGCGCCAGCAGCCUCGCGCUGGACCUGGACUCGGACGAGUCCAUCGCCGCCGCCGUCCAGGCCAUCGAGACGCAGUUCGGCCGCCUCGACGUCCUCGUCAACAACGCCGGCGUUCUCGCGGAGCCCGAGCCCGGCUUGUCCACCCGCGAGCGCUUCGCCCGCACCCUCGGCACCAACGUCACCGGCACCGCGUGCCUGACCGAGGCGCUGCUGCCGCUGCUGCGCAAGUCGCAAGCCCCGCAAGUCAUCUUCGUCUCCUCGACUCUGGGCUCGUUGGCCGAGAACGCCCGCAAAGAGAGCCCCGCGUACCAGUGGGACGUCAAGGCGUACGCUGCGAGCAAGGCCGCUGUUAAUAUGCUCGCGCUUAACUAUGCCCGCGUCCUGAUGAAUGCUGGCGUCCGCGUCAAUACUGUCUGUCCUGGCUUGGUCAAGACCAGGAUGAAUGGCUUUAACCCCGCGGCCGUGUCGACCGACGAGGGUGCCCAGCGUAUUGUUGAAUUGGCUACGAUGGGCGAGGAGGCGCCUACGGCUACGUUUUCGGAUAGGAGUGGGCCCGUGCCUUGGUAGAUGGGUUUUGGAGCGUAUGGG